GUAGAAAAAAAUCAAGUUAGUUCAGUGACGUUUCUAGUGUUUUUGUGUUGUGUGUGUGAAUAAAAGAGUUUUUAUGUACAUAUUCGUUUAUAAAAAAGGAUAUAUUCGGUACACACACGUCGCAUAUUGUGAUACAACGUUUAAAACAGUUUAUAAAGUGUACCGUGACAUAUAUUAGCACAUAGUGAUUGUCAUAGUUGUCGACGGGUGAAUGAAAUCUAUGAAUCUAUCAUAAAAACACGGAAAAAAAUGUGCAAACGGUGACACUGUCAGUCAUAUCCGAACCAUACGUGUGUAAUUAUGUAUCUAUGUGUGUUUAACUUUAGAAAAAUACGUACAAAAGUUUCAAAAUAGUGUCAAAGAAAUGGGUGACAGGUUGAUACAACCAUUCAAAGUAAAAACAAAAACAUUCGACGCUAAAGUGUUUCUUAGAAAAUGGAUAUGAUCGCAGACCUUUCUGUACUAAGUCCAGGGCCAAUUAUCGAGGACUUAGACUUCGAGGCGUAUAUGGGCCCGGUCGGCGACAGCUGCUAUCCGCCGCAGAUCGACACGCGCAGGAAUGGAGGCCACCAACUGCCAGAGAGUCCGCCGGACUCGGGCUCGGAGAACCCGUACAGCCCAUCAGACCCUCAGCCCCACACCAUCACUGUACCCCAGACGGUCCUCAGCUCCGAGUACAUGCUCGUACACGACCACAUACCGCCCCACGAGAUACUCCAGCAGAACGGGGAGUACAUCUACGAAGAACUUAAAUCAGACAACAUAGAGAACAAUUUGGGUGAAGUUGUUGUGUUACCCCAAGAUGGGAUAGUCGAUUUGGGCAUGAGGCAAGUCCGCCAUGAUAUAAUCGAUCCUAUGUACCAAAAUAGGUACGGGAUGAGGGUGGACAUGCCGGAGUUGGAGGCGAUGGGGUCGCAGCUGGUGUCCUUGGGACAGGAGACGAUUGCUCCUGUCUACCCUGUGCAGGAGAGCAGCGGUAAGAAGAGGAAGCUGGAUAGCAAUUCGCAAGUGAAAUGUGAGCCAGCGGCACUGUCACCGGAGAGCACGACCCACGUGGCCAGGGCCCCUCCAUCAGUGGACGGAUCCGAGGCGGGAGACGACGCCCCCCUCCAGUGCAUCAGAUUCGCCCCCUUCCAGCAAACCGCUUGGCACAUGCUGUAUGAUGGGAAUUUGAAGCCGUUACAAACGCCCUCAUACGUGGUUGGAGCGGAUAAAGGGUUCAACUACUCACAAAUAGACGAGGCGUUCGUCUGCCAGAAGAAGAACCAUUUCCAGGUGACCUGCCAGAUCCAGGUGCAGGGGGAUCCUCAUUAUGUGAAGACUACAGACGGGUUCAAGAAGAUAAAUAACUUCUGUCUACAUUUUUAUGGAGUCAAGGCUGAAGACCCCAGUCAAGAAGUAAGAGUAGAGCAGAGUCAAUCGGACAGAACAAAGAAACCAUUUCAUCCAGUGCCCGUGGAAAUCCGUCGAGAAGGCGCUAAAGUCACCGUUGGGAGGCUACACUUCGCCGAAACCACAAAUAAUAACAUGAGGAAGAAGGGCAGGCCGAAUCCAGACCAACGACACUUUCAACUGGUGGUGGCAUUGAAGGCGCACUCCUCGCAUGCCGAUCACAUGGUUGUGGCGCAUGCGAGCGACCGGAUCAUCGUUAGGGCUUCAAACCCUGGACAGUUUGAAUCCGACUGCUCUGAGAGCUGGUGGCAGCGAGGAGUAUCGGAGAACAGCGUCCACUUCAACGGUAGAGUCGGCAUCAACACGGACAGGCCGGACGAGUCUUGUGUUGUUAACGGUAACCUGAAAGUAAUGGGGCACAUACUGCAUCCAUCAGACGCGAGGGCCAAACACAACAUCGAGGAGCUAGACACUGCGCAGCAGUUGCGAAAUGUGCAGAGCAUACGGGUUGUCAAGUUCGCGUACGACGCGACGUUCGCGGCGCACUCGGGGCUGCUGGGCUACGACCCGCGCGGCGCGGCGCCGGCGCGCGACACGGGCGUGCUGGCGCAGGAGCUGCGCGCCGUGCUGCCCGACGCCGUCAAGGAGGCGGGCGACGUCACGCUGCCCAACGGAGACACCAUACCCAAGUUCCUCGUCGUCAACAAGGACCGCAUCUUCAUGGAGAACCUCGGCGCUGUGAAGGAAUUGUGCAAAGUGACGGGCAACCUGGAGUCCCGCAUUGAUCAAUUAGAAAAAAUCAAUAAGAAGCUCUGCAAAAUCAGCGUGUUACAAAGACGUGAUAGCUCUCGGUCUAGUGUCAGCAAUGAUUCCCGUUACUCCGCCAUGUCAAACUCCUCAAAAUCCCUGUACAACGACAACGUGUCCAUUGACCAAAUUAGAGACAUCGCGCGCAGCAUUCGAAAGCACGAGUGUUGCCACAAAAUGAACCACAACUCCCCGAAAUACACGCGAAAACAGUGCAAGAACUGCCACGGAAACUACUCGAAAUACGGGAAAUAUUACAACUACAAUAAAACAUGUGUCAGAUAUCAUUCCAAAAAGCCGGAGAAUCUGGAAAAUUUAGACAAUCCAAAUUAUGUUGACACGAAAGAGUUGCCAGAAGAGAAUUUUAGCACUUUAUCGAAGAAGAAAGACACUUGUCUAUGGUUGAGGAGCGACGAUGAUUUCUCGUAUGGCAACAGUAAACUGCGGUUCUGUUGCCGCAAAGACUACGGGGAUGCCAGUAGUGAAUUGAUAUCGAAUAAAUUCUUACAAAUUGUCAUCACUAUAUUGAUUUUCAUCAUGGCUGUUUGUCUCGUGGUGAUGUCGGCGCUAUACUUCAGAGAGCAUCAGGAGUUGAUAUCAAUGAAAGAGUUUCGAAUGCACGACAAAUUAUCGACCUACCCGCAUUACAGUAAAAUCAACGGAGCACCGCCUGACCACAAUCAUAUACAAAAUUUGAAACCGUCACAACAAACUAAAAAAUCUGUCAAAGAGAAAGGUCCGCACAAAACAACAACGGAGUUCACGACCACAGCGCCCACGGAACCUUUGCACACUGCUUCCACGACAAUACACCCCACCAGGAAUUACGUCAGCAAUCUUAUAA